CUGGGUAAGUGACAGCAUUAUGCUGUCAGUGCAUAACCUCACAAUUUAUUGCUCCCGGAUUCAGUGUGUCCCCUGAAAAUAGGAAUUUUCAUCCUAGUUUAAUGUGUUUUCCCGGUGAAUAUCAAUACAAGUGUCAUCAGAAUGUCCAAAACUAUAGAGGAAGAGGAAGAAAUUGAUAUAAUUGGGGAUUACGAGAGAGAAAUCUCCAACAUAAGUUCUGGACAGAUUCUCUCCUGCGAGUACACAGUCCAUCCCCGUUGGCUAGCAGACAAUGCAGAUCUCUGGGUAACAGAUUCGCAGCAAAAGGAGCCAGUUGAGACAAUUGAAUUGUCAGAAAUCAGUGAACUUGAGUGGCCCAAUCAGCAGGUAUGUCAGAAUUUUAUUGUCUUGGACAAAGAUAUCCCAGUGACUAUAGAGGAAGAAGUCGUAGCAUCGUCAUCGGGUGUGGGAAAAGGGGGAAAAAAGAAAACCCAUUCGAAUUCAAGGAGCCUCCUUAAGAAAAGUGCUCUGGAGGAGAUUCCUCCAGAGAAUUUGCCUCAGGAAAGUCUUCAGCAAUUCCCAGAUACUCAUGUACGUCUCUCAUCGCUGUCGGAGGCAAGUGACUGUGAUACAGAAAAAGUGGUUCAGAGAAGCAAAAAGAAUGUGCCUUCCCGGACAAAUCUGAGCCCUGCAAGAGGCGCAGAUCGUCUAAGAAGUCCAAAGAGGAAGCGAACAAAGGGGAAGCAUUCAAAUCGUCCUUCUAGGCAUAAAAAAUCCAUCAAUGAGGAUUUUGGGGAGAACAUCACAAUUAUUCAUGAUUCCGGAGAUAAUUUACCAAGUCCAGUUGGUUGGAUUGGAAGAGAUUGUGAAGUGACCAUCCCGAAGGAUGGAAAUGAAAGUGACGAGGAGGUGGACAUUGAAUCUGAAGACAAUCCCAUUGACUUAAAAUCACCCAGUCCUCAGCAGAUAAUCCCAGAAGAGCCCAAAGAACCAGCGCCGCAUGAAAAUGAAAAGGCCGUGCCCAAGAGACCAGAAGUACCUGAGCACAUCCGGGAGAUCCUAGACAGUGCAGAGAUUCCGCAAAUGGAGAAAAGACUGAUUCUGAAUGAAGUAACUCCAAUUGAAAAAUUCAUCUUCGCUGAAUUCUUCGAGGGACGAGUUACAAAGACUCCCGAUCGCUUCCUCAAAAUCCGGACGCACAUCAUAAAUUCCUGGACAAAUGCCCGGCCAGCAUAUGUUGGGAAGACUGCAGCGAGAUCUGGCCUGAAAAAUUGUGGAGAUGUCAAUUGUAUCAGCAGAAUUCACACGUUCCUCGAGCAAACGGGAGUGAUUAAUUUUGGUCAUGCAGGAGAAUAUUUCCACUACAUCCGACCUCUUUGGCGCCUCCUGGACAACUUCACCAAUCUCCCGAGGAAGAACUCUUCUGCCUCAAAUGAUGGAAAAAUCAUUCCCGGAAAGAGAAAUCGCGUACGAUACAACGAUGGAAUGAAUGUAACAAUUCAGCAUUCCGACGAAACUCUCCUGCGUAUCCCAAAUACCCAAGAAUCAACGACCAAGUGGAAGAGAUCGAGAGAUAUUGAACUGGUCAAAUGCAGAAAAUUCACCGAAACCCAACUCCCACCAUUUUCCAUCACAGUCACUCUCAGUACGCUCCUCUCCCUCCAACUGCACUCCCUCACGUCCCGGCACGAAGUUAUGGGCUUCCUGGGUGGCCAGAGGCAUGCCAACAGCAUCUCCCUGGAACGUUACAAACCCUGCCGGACAUCCAAGCAGAGUGGCACGAUGUGCGAAAUGUGUCCAGUGUCUCAAGUUGAACAAAGUGAUAGUCUCGUGAUGGAGGGUUUCCAGCUUCUGGGCUGGUUCCACUCUCAUCCCCUCUUUCCGCCCAAUCCCUCGCGAACGGACAUUGAGACUCAGGCUGAGAUGCAGAGGCACUUCUCUGCAGACGAUUCGCCCUUUGUGGGCUUCAUUCUGGGAUGCGUGGAGAUGAAAUUCAAGUGCAUUUACAUUGUGGGAGGAUGCCAAGCACCCGAUGAGGACUCAGUCUACGAGAUUGACGUCUCAGUGAGUGAUGAUUUUGGGCAUUCGGAAAGGAGUCUUCAGGACAUUCUGUCCCUCUUUGAACCACUUCCCGAGGAGACUGUCGAAAAGUUCAAAACAUCGGCAAAUACUCUCCUCCAGCAACAGGGAUUAAACUGUGACAUUUCAGCUCUUAUCAAUUUACCUGGAUUUUGAUAUCUAAACGACACACGAGCUUAGGUUAAUUAUUUAAAAAUAAAUAGUUUUAAUUAAAUGACCUUUAUUCAAUG